AUGCACGGUUGCACGCGGCUGGCGCUGCUCUGCGCGCUGCCCUGGCUUCUGCCGGCGGUGGCACCCGGGCGCCCAGCACCACCCGCAGCGCUGCGCCGCGACCCCCGCAACCCCGCCAGGGGCGCAGAGUUCGAUCACAUCUACAGCGGGGUGGUGAGCCUCCCCACCGAGAACAUCUACUCCUUCAAGUACACCAGCCAGCCCGGCCAGGUGACUGCCGUGCGGGUGUAUGUGAAUAGCUCCUCCGAAAACCUUGACUACCCGGUCCUGGUUGUGGUUCGCCAGCAGAAAGAGGUGCUGUCCUGGCAGGUUCCUCUGCUCUUCCAAGGACUAUACCAGAGAAGCUACAACUACCAGGAAGUGAGCCGUACCCUUUGCCCCUCAGAAGCAACCAAUGAAACAGGACCUCUGGAGCAACUGAUAUUUGUAGAUGUCGCAUCCAUGGCACCCCUGGGUGCCCAGUACAAACUGCUGGUUACCAAGCUCAAGCACUUCCAGCUGCAGACAAAUGUUACCUUUCACUUCACUGCCAGCCCCUCUCAACCUCAGUAUUUCCUGUACAAAUUUCCUGAAGACGUAGACUCAGUUAUCAUUAAAGUCGUGUCUACAUUGGCUUAUCCAUGCUCUGUUGUCUCAGUCCAGAAUAUCAUGUGCCCAGUAUAUGAUCUCGACCACAAUGUGGAAUUUAAUGGUGUCUACCAGUCCAUGACUAAGAAAGCUGCCAUCACACUACAGAAGAAAGAUUUUCCAGGUGAGCAGUUCUUUGUGGUGUUUGUGAUAAAGCCUGAAGAUUAUGCCUGUGGAGGAUCUUUCUUCAUCCAGGAAAAGGAAAACCAGACUUGGAAUCUACAACGGGCAAAGAACCUUCAAGUGACCAUUGUUCCUUCCAUUAAAGGACCCGUUUAUGUGAAAUCCAUUCUUCUCAGUUUCCUCAUCUUCUUCUCCUUCUACUUGGGAUGCCUGUUUGUUGCAUUCAUUCAUUAUAUCAGGUUUCAGAGAAAAUCCACUGAUGGAAGCUUUGGUUCUAAUGAUGGCUCUGGAAAUAUGUCGGUGUCAAAUCCCAUUGCUGCCAGUACCCCUGAAGGGAGCAAUUACGGGGCAAUAGAUGAGUCAAGCUCCAGUCCUGGCAGGCAAAUGUCCUCCUCUGAUGGUAGACAGCCAUGCCAGUCAGACACUGACAGCUCCGUGGAGGAAAGUGACUUUGACACCAUGCCAGACAUUGAGAGCGAUAAGAACAUCAUCCGCACCAAGGUGUUCCUUUACCUGUCAGAUCUGUCCAGGAAGGACCGAAGAAUUGUCAGCAAAAAGUAUAAGAUUUAUUUUUGGAACAUCAUUACCAUUGCUGUGUUUUAUGCACUGCCUGUGAUCCAACUGGUUAUCACCUACCAAACAGUUGUCAACGUCACUGGCAACCAGGAUAUCUGCUACUAUAACUUCCUCUGUGCUCACCCCUUGGGUGUCUUGAGUGCCUUCAACAACAUUCUCAGUAACCUGGGCCAUGUGCUCCUGGGUUGCCUCUUCCUGCUGAUAGUCUUGCACCGGGACAUUCUCCAUCGAAGAGCUCUGGAAGCCAAGGAUAUCUUUGCCGUGGAGUACGGGAUUCCCAAACACUUCGGUCUCUUCUAUGCCAUGGGCAUUGCACUGAUGAUGGAAGGGGUGCUCAGUGCUUGUUACCACGUCUGCCCCAAUUACUCCAACUUCCAGUUUGACACCUCCUUCAUGUACAUGAUUGCCGGCCUCUGCAUGCUGAAGCUCUACCAGACCCGCCACCCGGACAUCAACGCCAGCGCCUACGCCGCCUACGCCUCCUUUGCCCUGGUCAUCACACUCACCGUCCUCGGAGUGGUGUUUGGGAAAAAUGACAUGUGGUUCUGGGUCAUCUUCUCUGCAAUCCAUAUUCUGGCUUCUCUGGCCCUCAGCACCCAGAUCUACUACAUGGGUCGUUUCAAGAUAGUGACUAAGCCUUCUCACCAUGCGAUUGUGUCAUCAGCAGAUUGGGGAAUUUUCCGGUGGGCCGCUAUGGUGUUCUACACAGACUGCAUCCAGCAGUGCAGCCGGCCUCUGUAUAUGGACAGAAUGGUGUUACUCAUCGUGGGGAACCUGGUUAACUGGUCCUUUGCCCUAUUUGGACUCAUCAACCGACCCCGGGACUUCGCUUCCUACAUGCUGGGCAUCUUCAUCUGCAACCUGCUGCUCUACCUGGCCUUUUACAUCAUCAUGAAGCUUCGCAGCUCCGAGAAGAUCCUCCUGAUCCCACUUUUCUGCAUUGUCGCCACCGCUGUAGUGUGGGCUGCCGCCCUGUAUUUUUUCUUCCAGAAUCUCAGCAGCUGGGAGGGAACGCCAGCCGAGUCCCGGGAGAAGAACCGAGAAUGCACUCUGCUGGAUUUCUUUGACGACCAUGACAUCUGGCACUUCCUCUCUGCUACUGCCCUGUUUUUCUCAUUCUUGGUUUUGUUAACCCUAGAUGACGACCUGGAUUUGGUUCGGAGAGACCAGAUUCCUGUCUUCUAA